CCCAUUGACAGUCAUCGCAGAAAAAAGUGGUAUUAGUCUAUGUACUUCUAUACGGACAGCCCUAUCUACAUGGGGUAUCCUGAGAUCAAAAUGAAACGAAACCAUAUGCGAGACACCAAAAACACCGGCUAGGCUUCGCAGAGCUGAACAGAAAUAUAACGCAGGAUGGAUGCAACCCAACUGACCAGAAAGAAUGCAAGCGAGCGAGCGUUGGUAACAAAGAACUGUCGGGGCGCUCUGCCAUGGGGUCGUGAAAUGGGUAUGAUCCGCAAAGCCGCCAGAGAUUAUAGGGUAUAUAGAUGCGAACCGGAAAGAACAAAUAUCUUCAAAACCAUGUCAGAGAAAGCCGAUCGUAAAAUCGUACUAUGGAUGAACGCUUUGUGCAGCGAAUCCAGCGUGCGAUGUUGGGACUUAAACAGGCACUCACUUUAUGGACAGAAACACGCCGUGGCCACAGGACCAGGAAAGAUGCGGCGAUCAACUCGACGCGACUGACUCAUAUGUGCCAAAGUUGAGUGACAUGCUCAUGUCAUCAGCAUAUCGCGAAGAGAGACGUGUUAGACGUGUGAAAUAUCCAGUCGCGGAAUACUGCAUGUGUGGAAGCGUCCCAUCCAGCUAUCAUCGUCGGGGUC